AUGUCUAACUUUUGUGACAGUAUAGGCAACAGAACUAAGCCUUCCCGCGAGGCUAGAAUACUUUCUUCUGCAAGUUGUGGCAUUGACAACUCUCCAAUAGCGCAUGUGUAUGAUGGAAUCACUCGCAUUGAGACCUACCCUUGGCUCGGAAUCCUAUACUACCCGCAUGGUUCUAAGCGUUACACAGUAGCCGUGGUGCUCGUGACAAGACAGAUAGCACUCGGAGCUGCUACUGAAAUAGACGAGUUGCCUAAAGAUGACUUCAGGGCCCGAGCUCGCGUGGUCAUUGGCCGAAACUGCAGCGGGGAGUCGAUCGGUGUCCGGGACUACUCCUUCCACCCUGACUUCCGGAGAGGCUCCUACAGCACCCUAGCCAUGAUACAAUUAGAAACUGAUCAUUUGAGAAUGCCAUUGCGUCCCAUCUGCCCACCACCGACACACUUCGAGGAUCAAACAUUUUUUGCAAUGAUAUUAUCUGAAGACUGCGCUCAAUCCACUGUUCGGAUUCAUAAAAUGAAAUAUGUAUCUCCCGAAGAUUGCAAGAUUUAUUACAGGAGAUCAGGGCUGGACUUAGAUACAAUGUGGCCGAUGCAUACGGCCUGCGCUAGAAGUGUUACGGGAGGACAUUGCGUGUGGCGGAGCGGAGCCAUCCUAGUGGUCAAGAUUGAUCGCCGCUGGAGACUGUUGGGUUUCGGUAUUUACGGACCGGGAUGCCAAGCACCGGCCAGGUUCUUGGAUUACAGUAUGUAUCACGACUGGGUGCGACGAAGUGUAGACUUGAUUGGCAGGCCAGCCGUUACUAAGGUCGCCCCAAACCACCUCGUAUUAAGAAGAACCACAUCUAACUUACAGCGUUUCGGCGAGUGCGAUAGGGAAGAAAUGAAAUAUGAAAUUUUCACUGACAACAUUGACUUGCAGAAUAACGGCAAACUAGUAUACAACCUAACCAUACUGUCAGGCUUUGAAUACUCGUGUAUAAUCUUCAAAGCUUCAAGCGGUGACGACCCGGCAGGUGCUGUACCUAUUGUGAAACUUCGGAGGUGGUGCACCGGAUCAGCCGGACUCUGCAUGGGUGGCUUCCAAUACCUGGAGAUCGACUUCUUCGUGGAAAUAAAAUUCUUCACAAGUGUAGACUUGCGCGUUGACAACAACGACAACGAUGACGACGGCGACGAUGACGACGAUGACGACGACGACGACGACGACGACGACGACGACGAGACCCGACGCCAUACGACGAAACCGACGCCCAAGACGAAACCGCCGACGCCCAAGACGAAACCGCCGACGCCCAAGACGAAACCGCCGCCGCCAAAUUUUGACGACGAAAAUGUAGUCUUAUAA